AUGAAUUCUGUGUACUUUUUUGGACCGAGAAGCGACCGUGAGGCCUUUCCAUUACGCGUGAAUUCGUUAUUUUACGACGCUCACCAGCAGAUGACGCCGCAGUAUCAGAUUCAUUCAGCGGGCAGUCCGUCAUCCAUGCAAACUUUCACAGUGGCGGAGCGCCUGGCAGAACUCAUCCUCGAAGCACGCUAUGGAAACCAGCAAAAGCAGCGUCGUAGCCGCACAGCCUUUAGUGUGUCCCAGUUACAAGCGCUUGAAAAGGCCUUUCAGCAAACCCAGUAUCCAGAUGUGGGCAUGAGAGAGCGGCUUGCAGUCUGCAUCAACCUCCCAGAGGCCCGUAUCCAGGUGUGGUUCAAAAACAGACGUGCCAAGUUUCGAAAAGGCCAGCGCAUCGCUCCCAUUCCCAAAGAAGAAAGCCAAGUGUCUCGCUGUGCCAGUAAGCCAAAGGAAGAAAUGAAGGAACAUGAGAGAGUCUCAAAUUCAAAGUCUCCAUCCUCUAUCCGGGACAUUAAUGUCAAUUCCAACAUUCCUUCCCCAGCGGACACUAUUCACCUUCAGCCCCACCCCAAAUUGCUCUCCUCUGCCAUUCUUCCUUUCAUUACUGGAGAACAUUACCAACAACCAGUGCCUCAUGCACUUGGGCUGCUGUCUGCAGGUCUGCCAUGUUCUCCUGCAUAUUUACCCAUAAUGCAGCAGCACAUCACGCCUGCCAAUCUUGUGCCAGUUGGAAAAUGCAGAAAUCUCAUGCUUUAG